AUGACUGUAGAAGAAGGCUCGUCUCACGGAGGAAAGCUCGUGGCAGGCAUGGGAAGGCUGUGGUUGAGCCUGUUUGUCCAAGCCGGUGUGUUUUUGGCCUCUCCAGCGUAUCCCACAGCGCGGCCCAGUGAUGCUGACCUGGAGUUUGCAGAGAGCUAUCUGGGGAAAUUCUACAACGACAGGCUGCAAGCCAGUCAUCAGAUGGCAGGGUUGGCCUCACACGAGUUUAUGGCCAAACCAAAAGGGACGCAACACUUAUUUGAAUUGGUGGAGAGCGGUGAGCUGGACCAACUGACCCCCGCAGCCACGAGGAGAGGCCGCUGUGGUCUGUCGGAUGCUGAGCAGUUUGGGGAAACCAUUCGCUGGAGGAACCGCACGCUGACCUAUAGGAUCUCCAACUACACCCCCAAGAUGAGACCUUCCCAAAUCCGUAGAGUGAUCAGGGAAGCCUGGAGGCUCUGGGCCCAGGUAGCACCUUUGACAUUCAGAAGACGGAAGAGGAGAGGCGCAGACAUCGAGAUUUCCUUCAAUAACAAAGAUCACAAGGAUGGUGCACCGUUUGAUGGUAAAGGUGGCACUCUGGCCCAUGCGUUCCUCCCAGGACCUGGCAUUGGUGGUGAUGUCCACUUUGAUGCUGAAGAGGACUGGACAAACAACGCUACAGGCUGUAACCUCUUUGCCACUGCUGUUCAUGAGUUUGGACAUGCCCUUGGUCUUGCUCAUUCAUCUGAUCCUGGAGCAGUCAUGUUCCCGGCCUAUAAUUUUGUACCACAUGGAGAUGUACUGCUGUCCUUCCAGGAUGUCAAAGAUAUCCAAGAACUCUAUGGUAAGAGCUCCAUCAAACUGGAUAGACCACCUCCCAAAACACCAGAUAAAUGUGACCAUGAUCUUUCAUUUGAUGCAGUAACAGAACUGCAACAAGAAGUUAUCUUUUUCAAGGACAGGUUUAUGUGGAGAACGCAUCCUGACUUUGAAGAAAUAGGCAUCACACUGAUAACAAGCUUGUGGACUGAUAUUCCCUCGUACAUGGAUGCUGCUUAUGAGAAUACAGCUAGUAACACCAUUGUCUUUUUCAAGGGCUCUCUGUACUGGAAAGUCAAGGUUUUGGAAGUGGAGGAUGGCUACCCAAGGAACAUCUCUGAUUUUGGCUUCCCAGCCAGGAUUAAGUCAAUUGAUGCUGCCCUUCAUUUCCGUGAAACCCACCUCACUGAGUUCUUCACUGGGGAAGAAUGCUGGAGGUAUGAUGAGGAGCAGAGGCGAAUGAUGGAUGGCUAUCCGAAAAUGAUAACUGAUGAGUGGCCAGGAGUCCCUUCUCCCAUAGAUGCUUCAGUAGCUUAUGAGGGACUCAUCUAUUUCUUUCUGGGGAAUCAGCAGCUGGAAUUCGACCCAAGCCUCAGGCGCAUCACGAGCAAAACGCCUGCGAACGCAUGGCUCAAAUGCAGAGGUGGAACAAACAUGAUCAGUCUGGACUGAAGAACGAAAGAACUUUAUGAAGAACGUCAUAAAGUCACACGAUGGUGACCAAAUCAUACUGUGGGUUUCCUUUAAUAGAUAUGCGACAAGUCAUUUUAGAAAACCAACCUGCAGGACUACCUUGUCUGGCUUGAUUUGGUUGUCUUGGUGGACAUAAACACUUCUCAAGCCAAUUACCACAUCUGUGUGGAGCAUGCAACACCAGACAGUGAGCGAAGACAGGAUAUGUCCACACUAUGUCUUGUGUCCACACCUUCAGCACAAUUUGGGGGGGGAUUGUACAAUGGUGAAGAAAUACAUGAUCAAGAUUUUCUGUUUCAAUAGCAACAUCAAACCUCUCUGCAGCUCCAGUUCUAAUGAAGAACAUGAUAUCAGUGGAGGGGGAUUCACGAUCAACAUGUGCCCAAAAGGCCACAGUGUUCAUUGUCAGUGGAGAUGUGAGGUUCAGCUCUUUGCACUGAGCAAAGACACACGGCCCAAAUUCUACUGAAAGCAAGUUAAAACCUGCUGGGCUUUUUUUUAUCAGCCUGGAAAUGAGCUCAGUUGUGUUCAGUGACACCUUCAUAAGAAACCACAGAAUGUAGACAGUAGCUGCUUAUUGAUGUGUGAAGGAUGUCUCAUCUCACCAUGACAGAUGAUGAAGGAAGCUGAUGUGUGAUUUUAAAGCUAUGCCAAUGUGAAUUAGCCAGGGUGAAUUAGUGUGACUAGCCACA